UGUCCGCCAAAUUUCGGAAGCCCGUUUUAGGAUUCUCGAUCUUUUUCGGUUGAUUACAUCAUUUCAAUUUGUUCCUUGUAAUUAAUAACAUAAAUAAAUAAACAUGCAAGCACGCUUCUUUACGUACACGUAUUCAGUUGAAUGGCGUUUGAAGGGAAAAAAUUGUAAAAUAUUAUAAUAGAACGUAAUGAAAAAGCAAACUUCAGUCUAUUUCUCUGAAUUUCGAACAAAACUGCUAGUAUUCAGUUGGGUGUGUUGCCGAUCUAAAUGUCUUCGGCGAAAGUUUUAAAUUUUAUUCCUGUGUUCAGUUGAAGGUGACAUAUAUAUACAUAUGGGUCAGAAUAGGCCUACACGUGAAUCACGCACCCAAAACAAAAUCUGUAAAGCGCCUAUAUUGCGAUGUUAUUUCAAUGUAUACUACUAAAAGCAAACAUUAGUACUACUCAUAUAAGUUAUAUUUAUUGCACCAUGUUGAAAAAAGGACAAUAAACUCAUAUCUGUAGUUGCAAAUUGUCGAAUGUACGUACAUAAAGGUGACAUGAUCUGUGGUGGAGUUCUGUAACUUUUUCGACACGAUUUGUCGGAUCGCAAACUUACGAAUUUCGUCCCUUGCUCUAACAAUUAGGCAAUUGUCUUAUUCAGUUUUUGCAAUAAUAAUCAACGGAAAUUUCCAUUUACAUCAAGGUAUCUGGACAGGUUGCCAUCUUUUUCAUGCAGACAGAGAGGUUCUAUGUAAGAGGGUAAUAAUUUCACUGCGAAUAUCGUACGAUUUCCAUCAUAUAUGACAAUUUCUAUAGAAAGAGGAGUAACACAUAUAUAUCAAAUUUGUUUAUUUACGCAUUUCAAUUUUCAUUCGCCAAGAGGUUGAAUGAAUGUUUUCCGGUCCUGUAGAUGGGUUCAAACAGCGAAAAACCAAGAAAUAAGGUUCAGUAAUCGUUUUCAAUAGCCAAAACUUUUCCGAAUCUGAACUGUUUAAUCAUAGACAACAAUAAUAACUUUCUUUUGAAUAAAAGUUAUGUGGAGAAAUCCUUCAGCGCAUAGCCUAACAAUUUGACAAACGUGUGCUCGUUCCAGAAACAAUAAAUAUUCGAAAGGUAAACAAAAUUAACUUAGGAUAAACAUUCUACGAGAAAGCGGUUGAUUCAUUUGAAAGACUAUGUACUUUCACAUCUUUAUAUCAAAUUGCAAUCACUUGGCAGACAUUUUACUUUUAUUGUUUUCCGAUUUACGGGUUACAGUCCUGAUAAUAUCGGCCAUACUAGGAGUAUACUGGAUUUUUUACGUACCGUGUAAUUGGACAAAGUCUUUGCAGAGUGUCGGCUAUAUGCCCGCUGUUAAUUCUAUUAAUUUUUGGAAAAGAAUCAAUUCGUGCAAACAACAUUCCAUAAAUGGAUUUCGUAGACCACGUUUAAUAGGAAUAACUGAACUACCCCCUCCUUAUCCCAAUGGAUGGUAUUGUAUUUUAGAAUCAUCAUCAUUAAUCGCAAAAAACGUUACAUACGUAUCUUGCCUUGGGGAACAUUUUGUGGUUUUUCGUACCUUUGACGGCCAAGUAAAUGUAUUGGAUGCAUACUGUCCACAUCUCGGAGCAAACAUGGGACUUAAUGGACAGGUAAAAGGAGAUAAUAUUGAAUGCCCUUUUCAUCAGUGGAGUUUUAGAGGCAGCGACGGUACAUGUGCCAAUAUUCCGUAUAGCCAUACAGAGCCCAAGGGUAUUAAAGUACGGAAAUGGAUAUGCCGGGAAAUAAAUGAUGGCAUAUUCAUUUGGUAUCAUUCCGAAAAUGAAAAAAACCACUGGGAACUGCCUUUUAUAAGUGCUGUUGACAACAAAGAGUUAGUAUUUCAUGGUAGAAAUGAAUUCUACAUUAAUUGUCAUAUCCAAGAGAUACCAGAAAACGGCGCUGACUUGGCUCAUUUUCCUUCUAUUCACAAAGCGUUUUUACUAACGGGACUGGAAAAAAGAGGAGAACACUUAAUAUCGAGGAUUGUACAGCACCAUUGGGAGGCAAUAUGGAGCACUUCGGUCUCACCUAAAACUCACGUCGCAACGUUAGACUUAAAGCAUUCCAUCCAUUUGUUUCCGAAAUUCAAUAUAUUGGAAGUAAACGUGCAAGCUAAACAGAUUGGCCCUUCAUUCGUGCAUUUGCAUUUAAAAUCAUCAUUGUUCGGACAAAUUGAGAUUUUACAAACUAUUACACCUGUUGAACCUCUUAUUCAAAAAGUGGUUCAUAGAUUCUACGCACAAAAAUUUUUCGGCCCUCUUAUAAAGCUAAUGAUUUUCGCUGAAAGCGUUAUGUUUGAGAGAGACAUUGUAAUGUGGAAUAACAAAACAUACCGAAGCAAACCACAGUUGGUUAAAGAAGAUGCCGCUAUAAAAAAUUUUCGGAAUUGGUUUUCUCAAUUUUAUACAGAAAAUAGUAAAUCUUUCUUAGAAUCUCGGAGUGCAUUGGAUUGGUAAAUUAGUUUAUUUAUUACAUAAUGUAUGGAAAACUUGAAUAAAAGCAAAAAAAA